GCGGGUUGUAGGCCGAUACUUGAUUUCCGGUUCCGGUGGACCUCUGUGAGUCGGCGCUGUGCUACGUGUCUUUAGCAUCUGAAGUGGCAACCGAGCUGCUGGGCACGUGAGGAUCUUCUUACCUGUAGGAAGGGGCUAACCCGAAGGGCAAUCAUGGAUCAGGUAAUGCAAUUUGUUGAGCCAAGUCGGCAGUUUGUGAAGGACUCAAUUCGUCUUGUUAAAAGAUGCACCAAACCUGAUAGAAAAGAAUUCCAGAAGAUUGCCAUGGCAACAGCAAUAGGAUUUGCUAUAAUGGGAUUCAUUGGUUUCUUUGUGAAAUUGAUCCAUAUCCCUAUUAAUAACAUCAUUGUGGGUGGCUGAAUGCUUUUUGACAAAGCUUUUCAUCUUAUGGAUUAGUGAACAAAUGAGGGUUUAAAUGCUCAUGAAGUAAAAGUUUGCCUGUUUACUUUUUUCUUCUGAGGUAUUUUCUAUUACUAAAUUAAAACCAUUUCAAAAGAAACAAA